AAUCGUGAUAAACAAUUGUCAAAUAGCACGAAGGCAGAUUUCGCGUUAAAAAAUCUGUAUGUUUACGUGCAGUAUAAGCCAUCGUUCGUUCGAUUAUUGAAUUUGUGAGACUUUUAGCCGUGUUUUAGUUAUCGCUUAAUACUAAAACAAUUGUUUGCAUUUCAUGGCUGCUUCGGCUCCUUUGCUGGAAGAAACUGUUCCAUUCGAUGAAGAUGACGGUAAUUAUGAAGAAAGGUUGGCAAAUCGAGUUGUCCAUCCCUACGUAACAUUUUUCCACAUCGCUUUCCGGUCGGCUGCAGUAAUAACAUACUUGUUUUGUGGUUGGUUUAGUGACAGUUUUAUAACAAGCUUUGUUUUCGUGGUUCUCUUGUUGUCGGCCGAUUUUUGGACAGUGAAAAACAUUACCGGCCGCCUACUAGUUGGCCUACGUUGGUGGAACUACGUGGACGAUAAUGGAGUUUCGCAUUGGAUAUUCGAAUCAAAAGAUGAAACUCAUUCGAAAAUUAAUAGCCUUGAGAAACGAGUAUUCUGGAUCGCGCUCAUGGCAAGUCCAAUCAUAUGGGCGUUUUUCUUCAUUGUUGCUUUGUUUGGGCUCAAAUUCAAGUGGUUGCUUCUAGUUCUUAUAGCACUUGUUCUGAAUGGAGCAAAUCUUUAUGGAUAUAUAAAAUGUAACUUUGGAUCUACAGCUAACAUAAGCACCAGUACAACUGAUUUCGUAAAAAGUCAAGUUUUGAAAAACGCAGUAAAUUUCAUGGCUUCUUCAAACAAAAAAGAUGUUGCUAGCAACGUUAAAAUUUAACAUUCAGCUACUACCAAGUAAAAAAAAAACACUGUAUAAGUAACAUGAUAAAUUGUC